AUGGGUAAACUACGGGAAACCUUGGCUGGUCCAGGUUAUGUGAUCCUGAACGUCAUUCGCGCAAUCAAUAUCAUCGUCUUUCUCGACUUGAUCGCCGGUUGUGUGGUCAUGCUCGUCAAAAUCAACACAAGUAACGGCUUCUUCUUUUUCGAAGCUGUUACACAUGCCCUGGUUGCCUUGAUUAGCAUUUUCCUGAUCAUCUCUGAGCUGCCAAUACUCCGGGGCUAUUUUAAUCGGAACUGGCCUUUGUUUGGAGAGGAUUCAGGUUUCUUCACACUGGCAGGAAUCAUGAUGAUUCUUGGAGUAUCCACACUGGGCAAUCUCAACGCCCCUAUAAUGAGCCAGGAUAAACUUGGACUAGCAUUCUGGCGGAUCGUCAUUUCAGCUGGCGUCCUGGCCAUGGUAAUGAGUCUCGUCAACCUCUUAGCUACGAUCAUUUUCACCAAUUCAGAUGCCGGCAUCAGCGCACGUCAUAUCCGUGCUUUUGGGGCAGCCGCUCCGCAACAAAUGAGUCGGACCAGCAGCCGUCGCUCAUUUCAGCUCAGCUUGAAGCGUGAGGAUUCUGUCCUCCCAACGUACACGCGAGAACCAGCUUUCAAACGGGCAUCUCGGCGCUUAACAUCGCGUUUCCCGUUGAAGAUUUCCUCUCCUCUUAAUCCCAACAACCUCAGUGCCGACAAUGGCAAUGGCAAUGACGCGGCAUCAUACAAGUCGUCCAAAUACUCUCGGAGUUCAACAGAAAUUCGAGCCCCUGAUCCUGCACUUCACCCAGCUCAUAUGUAA